AUGGAUCAUGGAUUGGAUGAUAUUGACGCUGUCUACGUUAAUUCCAGGUGGAACAACCAAUUUAAGCAUAUGUCAACGCUUCCUUCUUACUUACAAGCGGAAAUCGAUCGAAGUAAAUCGGCUCUACAGCUAUACGAUGAGUACAAGUUAAAUCAUAGAAAUGAAGCAUCUAAGUCAGACAAAACUUUAGUACCGUAUAAUCCAAAUGGUAAAGAGUCUGAAAGUCUGAUUAAUAAAGUUUUUCAAGGACAACAAGAACAGACUGUUUUCAGGCGCUACGGAAAAUUACUCUCUCAGAAACCAGAAUGGCAUGCACCAUGGAAGUUAAAGAGGGUUAUUAAUGGACACACUGGUUGGGUACGAUGUGUAGCUGUGGAACCUGUUGAAAAUGAGUGGUUCGCAACUGGAAGUGACGACUCUACAAUUAAAAUCUGGGACCUGGCUAGUGGGAAGCUGAAAUUGACACUCCAAGGGCAUAUUAUGACAGUGAAGGACAUUUGUAUAUCUAAGCGGCACCCAUAUAUGUUUUCAGCAAGCUCAGAUAAGCUUAUAAAGUGCUGGGAUCUCGAAAAGAACUCUGCGAUCAGGGAAUUUCACGGAACAUUAUCUGGAGUGAAUUCCGUGGAUGUCCACCCAACUUUGGAUUUGAUUAUGUCUGCAGGUCGAGAUUCAGUCAUUCGUAUAUGGGACAUUAGGACGAGGUUGGCAGUUAUGACACUUGUUGGUCAUAAAGGCCCUAUAAAUAAGGUUCGCUGCUUGCCUGUGGAUCCGCAGGCAGUCAGUGCAUCCACAGAUGCUACAGUCCGGCUCUGGGACAUCACUGCUGGCAAAGCAAUGUCAGUUCAGACACACCAUAAACGUAAUGUUAGAGACAUUGCGUUUAACCCAUCCGAAUUCUCAUUUGCAUCCGCUUGCACGGACGAUAUACGAUCUUGGUCGCUCCCGGAAGGCCAAUUACUUACUAACUACCAGUCAGAAUCUCUAGGAGUCAUUAAUACUCUUGCAUGUAAUCCUAAUGGCGUUCUAUUCGCAGGUAGUGACAACGGCCAACUAAGUUUCUUUGAUUAUAAGACAGGACAUAAAUACCAAACUCUAGAAACAAAAGAAGCACCAGGAUCCCUGGAAAGCGAGCGUGGGAUACUGGCAAGUAGCUUUGAUCGUAGUGGACUUCGUUUAAUUACUUGCGAAAGUGAUAAAACUAUCAAAAUAUGGAAACAAAUUGCUGAUGCAUCGCCAGAUACGCAUCCCUCACUGCCGUGGAACCCAAGUCUAAUUAGUCAGAGAUUCUGA